CGAUCCUUCUCAUAGAGAAAGCUUAUUCUACACGGUUACAGACGAUUCCGCUGAUCUCAAAACGAUACGAGCAAAAUAGAGAAGCCAUUAUUAUUGCUAGGACAGAACUGAUGUUUUCAGCAGGAUUUCGCCUGCCCCUGACAGAACCCACACUGGGCCGGGAACACGCUUUGAGAACGGACUGCAGUUCGGCGUCCAGCAGGUGAAUGGCCAGGUGCUCGUUCACGUGUGACGGAUCCUCUGGCUGCUGGCCGUCUUAACGUGAUUAGCGUGCUGUUUUUAAGAACUGUGCCGAUCCGCUUCUCCACUUGAAUUCAAAGAAGAGACCAAUCAGUGCGUCACUGGACCAUGAAGCACCACCAUCAGUUGUUUAGAUGUUUUUGGCGAACUCUCUUAACUCUUCUUCUUUUUGAAGGCACCCCUCUCAUGAUGUUUAGGGGGUCCCUCACUCUGACCCUAAACAGAGAUGACAGCAGUUUCACACUGCAGCAGGACGCACGGAUAACUCACUCCUCUCACAGUGUCACAAGUCAGAGAGAGCUAAAGCCUCUAGUGAAGACAAGGCCAUUUGCUGUGGUGGAUGGAGUUAGGAGAAGCCUGAGUGAAGUUUUACAGAAUGGUCACCCUGACAGAUUGCAGUGUGGUUUACAAGUGGGAAGCAGCUUGUAUAUCCUGGACCUGGAAAAAAACCAAGAUCUUUUGCCAAAGCCGCCUAAUGUGUUCUACUAUCUGCCAAAUGGAACUGGGGUAUCCACGAAGGAGAACCUAGUGACACAUUGCUACUAUCACGGUUCAGUGCAAGGUUUCCCUCAGUCCCGCGUGGCUCUCAGCUCCUGCUCUGGGUUACGGGGAUUGAUAGUCAUUAACGCCACACUGAGCUUUGAGCUAUAUCCUGAGGAAGAAGAGCAUGGAAAAGAUGAGGAAGGGAGUGGAGAAAUGGAAGGAUGGCUACACCUGAUCUACCCGACAAACUUGCAAACAUCUGAGUCUAGAGACUGUGGAGUGUCACACACCUCUAUUCCUCCCAUUCAGAUCAUCCCACACACACACAGGAGUAAGAGAGACAUUCUUUCAGAGACCAAAUAUAUUGAGCUGGUGCUGGUGGCGGAUCAUAAGGAGUAUAUGAAUUAUCAGAAGAAUAAUAAAACCAUGAUUUACCGCAUGUUGGAUGUGGCAAACCAAGUAGACUGGUUCUACAGGCCAUUGAAUGUACGUGUGGCUCUGCUGGGUUUGGAGAUCUGGAGUGACCAGGACAAGAUUCAAGUGGAUAAAAGUCCCACUGAAACCCUGAACCGCUUCCUGGAUUGGAGGACCAGGGAGCUACUUCCACGACUGAGGCAUGACAAUGCACAGCUGAUCAUGGGUGAGCCAUUUGAUGGGACGACAGUCGGCAUGGCGUCUCAGUCCUCGAUGUGCUCAAAGGAUCGGUCAGGAGGAGUGAAUGUGGAUCACCUUGUGAGUGUGUUAGGUGUGGCAUCAACGGUGGCUCAUGAGUUGGGUCACAACCUGGGAAUGAGUCACGACACGGCCGACAGGCUCUGCCAGUGCCAGAACGAGCCUCGGCUUGGGGGCUGCAUCAUGGAGCCCUCCACUGGGUUUAUGCCCGGUCAGCUCUUUAGCAGCUGCAGCGAACGGGAUCUCUCUCUCAGUCUUCUGCACGGUGGCGGUAUGUGUCUCUUUAAUGUGCCACAGCCGGAGAGCCUUCUGGGAGGUCCGCGCUGCGGGAACCUGUAUGUGGAGAAAGGAGAGGAGUGUGACUGCGGCUUGCUGGAUGAAUGUAAUGAUCCUUGCUGCAAUGCCAGCACGUGUAAACUGGUUCCCGGGGCCCAGUGCUCUUCUGAUGGCAUCUGCUGUGAGAACUGCAAGUUGCGUAUGGCCGGGUCGGUGUGUCGGGAGCCGUUGGGAGAGUGUGAUUUGCCAGAGUACUGCACCGGCACUUCCCCCUACUGUCCUCCCAAUGUGUUUCUUCAGAAUGGAGAGUCAUGCAAGGACGGUUCCUCCUACUGCUACAGCGGCGUGUGUGCCAGUCUGGACGAGCAGUGCCAAAUGCUUUGGGGACCGAACUCCACCCACGCUCCACCUAUCUGCUUCUCAUCUGUGAAUAAGCAGGGCAAUAAGUACGGAAACUGUGGCCAGAUGCCCAACGGAUCCUAUAUCCCCUGUUUGAAAGGGGAUGUGCACUGUGGUAGGAUCCAGUGUCAGGGUGGAAGUGAACGUCCCCUGCUGGGCUCCAACGCUGAGAUUCUGACCACAACGGUCAUACUGAACCAGAGUGACUUUACCUGCCGGGGGACCUAUUUUAAUCUGGGUGAUGAUGUUUCUGACCCAGCCAUGGUGUCCCAGGGGACGGCCUGUGGGCCUAACAAGGCAUGUGUGGACCAACGAUGCAGGGACGUGUCCAUGUUUGGUGUUGAAGAAUGUCGAAUGAAAUGCAAUGGUCACGGGGUGUGUAACAGUAAUAAGAAUUGUCACUGUGCUGAGGGCUGGGCUCCUCCUGACUGCAGAUAUUCUGGAACCGGAGGCAGUGUGGACAGCGGCCCUGCUCGAGAGCCCAGAGAUUCAGAUCCUGCGCGGGUGGCUCUUCUGGUCAUUUUCCUGUUUGUGUUGCCGGUCUCACUGCUGUUUGUCGCACUCCGCUUCCCCCGCUGUCGACGAGGCCUUGUUUACCUCGGCCACACCCCCUUCAGCAAGACCCGACAGAGCCGAACUCCUGCCAUGGAGCUAGCUAAUGCUCGAAAUGGAGAUCAGGUGCAACCGCUCAGGUACCAGUGGCCCCUCCAGAGCGACAUCCCUCUCACCCAGGCUAUCAGCAAGGUCCAGCACAGGCCUGCUCCUCCAACUAAACCUCUUCCACCUGAUCCUGUCUCUAAACCCGCUCAGUUGGCAGGGCAUUGGCCCGCCCCUCCCACCAAACCCCUCCCUCCUGACCCUGCCCCCUCAGAGAGCAAGAUGCAGUGCAAGCCCACAGGAACUCGACCGGCUGCACCAAGCAAGCCCCUCCCUCCUGACCCUGUCCUCUCUACCCGACAGAACCCUGUUCCUCCCAAACCUCCGGUUCCCAAGAAACCACUCCCUGUGGAUCCUUCACCCCACCCUCCUCCAUCCCCACUGCUGGGACAUUCAGGAUCUGCUGCAUCUUCAUCAUUUUACUCGCGUAACCCUGUGUCAGCUGCUGCUCCUGCCAGACCUGCUCCUCAUCCACCUUUACGGAGACAGCAGUACCGUGGGAAACCCCAUGCUCCUCACCCAGUAUAGUCAGGAAGGAAACACUGGCCUGGCUGCAAAUUUCUGGACUGCAGUUCUGGACUUUUUCUCUCAGUAUUUUGUCUUGUUUUCCAAAAACAAUAUCUGAGUUUCUAUAAAACGAGAUAUAUUUGAGAAUAAAAAUGGUAUAAGAAAUUAAGAUAAUAUAUACAUUUAAAUAUAAAUAAUUUUGUUAGAUUUAAUUAAUAGGGUAAUAAAAACGCCAAUAGGGUUAAGAAAAUACCAUUUAUUCUCUUAAUAUCUCAUACAAUUUAAGUACAUUUAUUUUAAGGACUUUUACUGGGAAACAAGACAAAUACACUGAUUAAGAAAAAGUUUUGGGACACUAAGUGAUGUAGAUUUGCACAAUUCUAUUUGCACUGACCAUGAGUGAGGAGUUGCUUCUGCAGGGUGAACAAUAACAUCUGUACAGACCUCCGUUGCUCUGCAUCUGGAUCAGAACUUCAUCUUCGAACUCAUUACGACUACGGGGCUCAUUGGGCCAUCGGAGGAAUUACAGACUCCAAUGAAGGUGGAAGGAUAUUAUAACUCUGAAGACAAAAAAAACAACAAAGUGGAUAUACAGUACAUUCCUUUUGUGAUUCAGAUGCUCAGUUCAAUGCAUGGAAAUAGGAUAUGUCGAGAUGAUGCCUUGAGGAAGGAAUCCUGAUUUCUUUCUCUGAGAUGCUGUAUGCAUGCUCGAUUUGCCUGCCUAGAAGAUCUGAUCUUUUCCUACAGAAUCUCUUCGGUGCCUAAUUAAUUUGCCACACAUUUCAUCAAGGAUGGUUCUAAUACACUCACACCAAAACUGAAAUUCAGAACUCUUCAUUUUUAUUUAGAGCUGAAAACUCUGGUGUAUUACAUUCCGUUUAACAUCAGCUGGUCUCAGUCCAGACAUCAGCAUUGGACACAAACACACAUAUGGUCUCUGUAAAGUCUUUAUAUAUAUAUAUAAAUAUAAUGUCUUAUAUAUCGAUAUCAAGACAACUUAGAUUGCAAAUUUUGACCGUAAAUGCUGCUGCAGGGACAAAGCUGGCUGAUUGGAAGAUGAAGAUCGCCUUUUCGAUCAAAGCACUGAAGAAGGUAUAUGAAGAUAUUUAAGUGUAUUUUGAAAUAUGCAGUAUUUUUAAUGCAAUAAACAUGGGAUCUAUUUUUACAGUUGAA